UAGGACAGGAAGUAAGAAGUGACGUGGCUGCUAGGCACACGUAACCCUGGAAACUGGUUUGACCUGCUCCCGUUCCCACGACAGUCUCUCCCUAACUGACUAAAGCUUUAUCCAGGGCACUCUAAGCCAAGGAGAUCCGAUAUCGCCUUCAUCUAAAGAGGGCUGUGCUCUGAGAAACAGAGUGUCUUCUAUCCAGACCAUACCUGAGAGACUCAGGGAUAGGGUGUGACUGCUGCUGCUGAACCUAGCCCAGAGAACUACAGCCACAGACCAAGACCAGGACAGGAUCACCAAGAAGACAGGGAGGAACUAGUUCCAGGUAUGGCCUCGGCCGGCCUGGAGAUUCUGGCUAUGAUCCUGUGUGUGUCUGGCUGGCUGGGGGUCAUGGUGGCCUGCGGUCUUCCCAUGUGGAGAGUAGCCGCCUACAUCGGCCAGAACAUUGUCAUCUCUCAGGUGAUCUGGGAGGGCCUGUGGAUGAACUGUUCAGUGCAGAGCACGGGCCAGAUGCACUGCAAGGUCCACGACUCCAUGCUAGGGCUGCCAGUGCACCUCCAGGCAGCCAGAGCCCUGGUCAUUGUCUCUAUGGUGCUGUGUAUUAUUGGCAUCGGCCUGUCUGUAGCCGGGGCCAAGUGCACCAACUGCAGCUCGGACAUGGGCAACAAGCCCCGCAUGGUUCUGGGGUCCGGCGUGACCUUCAUCGUGGCUGGGCUGCUGUUGUUGACGGCUGUGUCAUGGACGGCUAACGCGAUCGUCCUGGACUUCUACGACCCGAUGCUCGAGGAGACUGGGAAGAGGGAGUUUGGGAACUCGCUUUAUUUUGGAUGGGCUGCCUCCUGUCUGCUCCUCAUUGGGGGAGCUUUGCUGUGCUGCUCUUGUCCCCCGAAGGCAAUACAGGACAGGAGCGGGGCAGGGUCCGGACCCCACAGGUCGGUCGACUACUCAGCUGUCAAAUCUCCGAUGUCUGUGAAUGGAUAUACAAGAAGGGACUAUGUGUGAGAGUCUGUGUUCAAUGGGAUUGGUAUCAAGAUAGCCCUUGAGGCUGAUGGGACCGCUGAGAUAACCUGCCCCCUUUUUAUCUGACAGCAGGCUAUAGGUGUAGCACAGAAUAAAUGCUAUCAUGUUGAUAAGCGUAUAAGAAACUUACGAUUAAUGUUAGAUGUGUUUUGCAUGUCCAUAUGACUUCUGUAGAGAUGGAGUCAAGUAAAGUAAAUCUGAUGGUAGGAUUAGGAAAAUAUAUUUUAAA